AUCCUCAGUUUUGACAUUUGUCAGAAAAGUUUAAGAUAUUUCUUGUUAUGAAUCAGUAAAAGUAAAAAAAAAGAUAAAUAAGUAAAUCUAAUUAACAAUUUUGCUAUAAAGUCGUAUCAAAUACAAUCAAACAAAACUAGAAGAUCGUGCGCGUUUCCAAAUAUAUAAAAUAGUUGGUUUUUGUGGUUAUAACUGUUAACUUGUGCAAAAUGGUUUUCAGAAAAAAUGUUUACCUUUUCAAGAAUGCAGAAAUAAUCUUUCUUAUCUGCCCGAGGAUGUUGUAAAGGAAGUUUGCAGGAAAAGCAUUAAAUGGCUUCGCAAAUAUUAGAAAUUUUAAGGCAAGGAGUUUGGGCCUCCUUGACUGGGGGAUGGUUUUAUGACCCCCAUCAAGAUGUUUUCUGCAAUACAUUCCACCUUUAUGUAUGGUUAUUUUUGUUAUGCCUGCCCUUUACCAUUUAUGUGUAUUUUCCACCCACAAAAUACAUGUGGUAUUUUUAUUGUGCCUCUGUAACCAUUGCUUUGGCCAUAAUAAAAAUUGUAAACUAUGGAUUACACCAUAUGUAUGACACUACAGAGUGUAUUCGAGAGGAAAUUGGAGAUGGAAUGGACUGGAAUGGUGAUAAGCGGGAUGAGGAAGGAAUUGAGCUACAAGUUUUAUCAAAUAAAAGUUCUAGUGAGCAAGUAAGAAUAUCAGAAGUUGGAACACUUAAUUUUACAGAUGAAGAUAGUUUAGAAUCGACUGAAUUUCACCAGCAAGAUUUGGCUGAGGGGGGUGGAAAACCCAGUAGUAGUACUAUAGAUCUAAAGGCUGAAGUGCAUCGAAAAAACUCGUCGGACAGCAGCGAAAACGGGGUGAACAUCGUCGAAAUCGCGACGAUCUCGAACGAGCCGCAGCAGCAGGGAGAACGCGAUCGCAAAUCGAAGAGGGGAGCGCGUCGCUCGAAACAUCAACGAUCGAAAACCGACGGUUUCGUCACGAUCACCGUGAAGGACGAGAAACCUUCUAGAUCGAGCUUCAGGAAGCUCUACCAGCAGGGAGGAAGCAUAGACUCGCAGAAUGGUCUAAUGAACCAGCACAGACCUUCGUUGCAAAGCGUAGAUUCUUCGGAUCAGAGCACGUCGAAUCUGGCCGAAUCGGGUCCUCGUCGACAUUCGAACUUCACGAACAGCAGCCUGGGUUUCUUGCCGUCGUCAAUGCAAAACGACAUCAAACCUACAGGGUCUUUGGAGCUCGGAUACAUCGACAAGAAUCCUAAUCAGGCGCUCGUCUCGGAAGGGUUCUACUUUAAACCAAAUUACAGGGGAGGAGUCCGUCGAAUCCGCUCCACCGCCCUGGAGACCUGCUGCCCGCCUCCGCCGCUCGCCGUCCAUCCCAACAGUUUGGAGGUGAUCGGGUGCAAGGGGGCGCGCAACCCGCUGCCGCCGCCCAGCACCACCCUGACGCGCAACCGGCACCUCGAGCUCUGCUCGUACUACGGCUCGGAAAUCGUCUAUCCCAUUGCGGAGCAGUCGGACGAGCACCAGACUUCGCACGGUCCCGACACGGACAUCGAGUCCUUGACGCACGUUUCCGAUUCGGAUUACGAGGAGAACAAUCAGGGAAGCCAUUCGCCGUUGCUAUUCAUAAAACUGAAAAAACUUGCGAAAACCGAGCCGUACCUGAAACUCCCUCACGCGCAACGCAACCCCCGCCUCCCCGACGAGGAACGUUCCAGCGCCACCUCGAAGGACGCCCUCCUGCUGGACUCGUCCCCGCCGCCGGGCGCCGAUCCCGAGCGAGGCUCGCUGGCCGCCGCGGCCGUCUCCUGCGACGCGAUCCACGACCGCGGCGCCGCCUCCGCCGACUGGCUGAACCUGGACAACGGCGCGCGCGAGCGCAGGCACCAGCAUCGGCAUCAGGGCGCGCGCUGGGACGCGGCGGGCGGCGACGGCGGCCCGGCGGAGGGCGGGCUGACCAGGAAGAAGAUCAUCAGGCGGAACAAGAGGAGGAAGCCUUCGGAUCCGAAGCAAGGCGACGGGAACAGUUCGAGCAUGGUGGAGCUGGAUUUGGAUUGGUUGUUCGACGACGAGAGCCAUCAUUUGCCUUUGAGAAAAGAACCUCUAAAAAGGGAUACAGAAUGGUCCAGCGCCACCACAGUAUCCUUGGAGCAGGAUGUGAGCAAAGUUUUGCAGGAGACGGUGCCGUCGGCCGCUCGAAGUUUGGGCGCCAUUCCAAAGAAAACGAGAGCUUCGAACCAAAGUAGCAGCGAUCAGUCGGGUAGAAAAACGCCGAAAAGCGAAUCCGAAAAAUGCAGCAUGUGCAGGUGUAAGUCUGAUCCUAGAACUGACGAAGAAAAAAUCAAAAGCCAAUCGACUAAAGAAAACAAAGUCACGCAGACGUUAAGGUUGAGUGAUAGUCCUAGUCCAGUUGAGGGGAUAGAUGUAGUGGUCGGGCCGCCCAAAUGGCAUAAAGUGCAUGCAUCAAAUAAAAAACCGAAACCGCCGAGAAUGCGUAGCGAAGAAGCCUCGUCCUCGAGCUCCAACACGGAACUGAGCACCCUCCUGCCCCCGCCGCCGCUGCUGUCGGUUUUCCUGAACAACCGCCCCGAUCUGGCCUGCGCGGCCGCUGUGGCCGCGGCAGAAGAGGGCGCCUCCGUCGCGGAAACCGCGCCGUCCGCCUCCAGCCGACCGAGAAGGCAGCGCGCGACGCGCAGGAAGAACAACGACCGCCCCGGGGCGAAAAGGGAGAGCGCGGUGACGGGAACGUUGAACGCGGGCAUGGGCACGCACACGGCCAAAAACUUUAACGACACCAGCGACGGCAGCGUGCACUGUUUCAUGGACGAGGAAGGCAACUGGAUUACGUAUACUUUUGAGGAAAAGGGAAAUGGUACUGCGAACACCUCUCUGCCCGCCUACUACGACCCGAUCGUCCAACACGCCGCGAUCGCCUCGAACCGGCGCCGCAGCGACACGCCGGUCACUUCGCGCUCCGCCAAGCCCGCGUCGCGCCGGCAGUCGCGCGAGGAGCCCGGCUGGGACGACAGCAACAGCGGCGGCUCCGCGUCCACGGUGCUCGAGCAGGCGAACGGCUUGAGAUGCCAUCCGCCGUGCGUCCAGAUUCCCGGACCCAGGGAGCCCGGCGCGUCGCACGCGGUUCAGGUGGCCAGGGGCAGGCGGUCUCUGCCGCGGUCCUCGCACAGGUUAAGGAGGAUUUUGUGGGAGAUGGAUAUUAUGACCAUGGUGGACGAUAGGUUUAGCAUAGUCAGGGGCGAAAACGACAACGAUCCAAACUUACGUCACCGAUUUAAAUUCCAGCCGGUCGACACGUCAAACAAUAACUUGCCAAAACUAAAAACCUACUACAAAUUUAAAAUUUCCCCCUGGACUUACGUCAAAGUGACGGCCGACCGUCUGAAACUGCUAGCUUUGCUCGAUCGCAACCUCACAAUGACGGAAACCGUAUUGUCAGUCCUCUUGGCUGUUCUAGUCUCUAUUUUCGGUGCUGUGUUACUCUACAUGAAUUUUUAUCAAGACCUGUUGGCCUUUGUGUUUUGUUUUAUCAUCGCCAGCUGUCAGUAUUCCUUGUUGAAAAGCGUGCAACCCGAUGCCGCAUCGCCGACCCACGGCUUCAACAAAAUCAUAGCCUAUUCACGCCCAAUUUAUUUUUGUAUAAAUUGUGCUUUAAUCCUUAUAACCCAUUCAAAUUUAAAAAGUGAGACUGUUGAAAAAGGCUACGAUUUAGCCGUUGUUAACGACCAAAUGGUCCUUUUAUUAGUGAGAGAUUUUCUUAUCAACUUUUUAUUGAGUUUUCCGUUACUGUUUUCCUUUGGAUUAUUCCCACAAAUCAACACUUUCAUUUUGUAUCUUCUCGAACAAAUCGAUAUGCAUAUUUUCGGCGGAAACGCGAUGGGAAGCCUCAUUGGCGCUUUCUACUGCGUAUUCCGCUCUAUUUUUGUGGUCACGGCGUUGUAUGGUUUUGCGUACGGCGGCCUUUGCGAGGAAAAGAGUUCGCAGCAUGUACUGUUUUCGAUAUUUUGUGCCUGCCUGGUCGGUUCGUCUUACCACUUAAGCCGAAGCGCUAGCGAUCCUUCGAACGUAUGGUUUCUGCUCAAAAAACACUUGUGGCCUCCGGAUUUGUACAAAGAACACGUGCAAACUCUGGAACUGGAAAAAAUUAAAACCGACGUCCAAGUCGAAAAAGUCAAAGAUAAAGACAAGCACAAAGAAAAAGAUAAAGAAAGGAACGUCAAGUUCGAGGAACAUAACGACGUCAAAAACCCCAAAGAAGAUCACGUGGAUCCUUUGCCAAGAAAACUGCAAAAAACCGUAAACGCCCGGCUUACGAACGACGUUAUACUAUGCAGCCUUGUUGCCGUUUUUACUUGCGGUAUUCACGCCAGCACCGUUUUCACCGUGUUACAACCGGAAUUAAGCCCAGUGUUAUGGCUGAUGGCCGGCACCUUAGGUUUUAUUUUGCACUACAUCAUACCGCAGUUAAGAAAACAACUACCAUGGUUGUGCAUAGCGAGGCCGGUGUUUAGAUCGCAUGAACACGAUCAGUAUCAUAUAAGAGGGCCUGCUAAAGUUAUGUGGUUUGAAGGGGCGUAUGUGUAUCUGUGUUUCAUUGAAAGGAACAUAAUUUACCCGCUACUUUUUAUCUCAGCUUUAACCGAAGAUUCCCCAAAAAUGGCAAAGCAAUAUGGGUUGCUCUUGGGUUCGCUAAUCACAGUGGUUUGCGGUUUGAAAUGCCUGAGGCAAAGCUAUUCCGACCAGAGUUCUCAGUAUCUUAUAUUGACAUUUACUGCCUUAUUUUUCAAGUACGACUACAACUACCUUCAGAUGACAUUCUUAUUUGAGUACUUUCUUAUGAGCAUUGUGUUCCAUAAGCUACAUGAACUGCUGUUAAAGGUUCAAUUCGUGGUUACCUACAUAGCACCUUGGCAAAUCACCUGGGGAUCGGCCUUCCACGCCUUCGCCCAACCGUUUUCAGUACCUCAUUCCGCAAUGUUGUUCCUCCAAGCGUUCAUAUCUGCAGUUUUGUCCACACCUCUAAAUCCAUUCCUGGGCAGCGCCAUAUUUUUAACAUCCUACGUACGACCGGUGAAAUUUUGGGAGAGGGACUACAACACGCGCCGCGUGGAUCAUUCAAAUACACCCCUAUCUUCGCAUUUGGACAGAAAUUUGGGCGCAGACGAUAACAAUUUAAAUUCGAUUUUCUACGAACAUCUCACCAGAUCGUUGCAGCAUUCUUUGUGCGGAGAUCUGGUAAUGGGUCGAUGGGGGCCAGUCAAUCAGGGAGACUGCUUUGUAUUGGCGUCCGAUUAUCUCAACUGUUUGGUGCACAUAAUAGAGCUGGGCAAUGGUUUGGUGACAUUCCAGAUGAGAGGGUUAGAGUUUAGGGGCACCUACUGCCAACAAAGAGAAGUUGAGGCUAUUACGGAAGGUGUAGAAGAAAAUGAUGGUUGUUGUUGCUGUGAUACUGGUCAUCUACCGAAUAUGUUAAGUGUAAACGCGGCUUUCAGUCAAAGGUGGCUCGCGUGGGAAGUAACGGCCUCAAAAUACAUCCUUGAGGGAUACAGCAUAUCCGAUAAUAGUGCUGUAUCGAUGUUACAAGUUUUCGAGUUUAGAAAGGUUUUGGUUUCCUAUUAUGUUAAGAGUAUUAUAUUUUACACUGUAAGGUCGCCAAAGUUGGAAGAAUGGCUGUCAUCUCAAACAAUUUUGAAGGCAUUGCAACCGAUAGAACAACGAAAUUUCGUAGAUUUGGAUCCCGUUUUUAAUGCUAAAAUUGACGAAGACUUCGACGUUCAAAACAGCGGCAUGACCAAAAACAUGUUUAUGCAAGUACAUGGGGAAUGGAUCGCUUACUGCGUGGAAAAGACUGAGAAAAACGUCGAAUGCGAAGCCAAUUCGACACUGGUUUUGCUGUGUUUUGCAUUAAGUUUGCUAGGGCGAAGGACUUUGGGCGCCGUAUCCCACAACACCAUCUCCAACGUGGAGUUCUUCCUUUACGGCUUGCAUGCCCUUUUCAAGGGCGAUUUUCGCAUAACGUGCGCGCGCGACGAGUGGGUGUUCACCGACAUGGACCUGCUCAAGACCGUGGUCGCUCCGGGGGUAAGAAUGUCCCUGAAACUCCACCAGGAUCACUUUAUGUCGCCGGACGAGUACGAGGAGUUGCCGGCGCUCUACGACGGCAUCUGUAAGCACCAGAAGGAGCUGGUGAUCUCGCAUGAAGGCGAUCCCGCUUGGAGGAGCGCCAUUUUGAGUGGGACGCCAAGUCUUUUAGCUCUAAGGCACGUCUUGGACGACGGCACCGACGAAUACAAAAUCAUAAUGCUGAACAAACGCUACCUGAGCUUCCGCGUGAUCAAAAUCAACAAGGAGUGCGUGCGCGGGCUGUGGGCCGGCCAGCAGCAGGAGCUCGUGUACCUGCGCAACCGCAACCCGGAACGCGGCAGCAUCCAGAACGCGAAGCAGGCGCUGCGCAACAUCAUCAACUCGUCGUGCGACCAGCCGAUCGGCUACCCGAUCUACGUGUCGCCGCUGACGACCAGCUACGCGGAGACGAACGAGCAGUACGGCGCGCUGGUGGGCGGCUCGGUCAGCCUGAAGAAGAUGCGGAACUACGCGCUGAAUCUGUUUCGGCGGAUAAGGAAGCGGUGCGGCGAGGGCUGUUCCAGCGGGGCUUCGAACCGGGAGGAGAUCGGGAUGGGACACGAGGGGGUCUACGCGAUGACGACCAUUACGUCGAAUAUGCAUCAUACGUCGAGUCAAUCGACCGAUGGGUCUCAUUUAGGCGGCAGCAUGGGCAGAGGAUCCAGUCUUAGCAGAACUUCCUUGGGUGGUAACCGGGGAAGUUUGGUGUCGAUGGGGAAACCGACCAGUUCGACGUUGGCCAGCCUGGCUGGACUGUUUAAGGAGAGAGACGAAAGAUCUGUGUCUCAAAUGCCGGAAGGUCAGACGAGAACUGACGAAAGAUUGGGCGAUAACGCCGACGAUAGGGACUUGAUUGAUUCCAGAGUCAGGAUCGUUGAUCCGAAUAUGGUGUAUGACUGUAUAAACUUGGGACGAAGAAUUGAUGUGCUUUGGCCUAAGGAACACAUGAGAUUGAGGGGUGGUAGAUCUCAUUGGAAAGACUGGGUACCUGAAACAGGGAUGGAAGGUCAUGUUGUUCACAAGUGGGUGCCAUGUCACAAAGACCCGAACCGAAGAUCUCACGUGGACCGAACAAUUUUGCUCGUUCAGAUCGAGGAGAAAUUCGUGCCGAUUGCCGAGAGCGGCGUCCAAGACCUCGGGCCGGAAGUAUAGCACACCCUGUACUACACUUUUCCGACGGUGCCAAAUGUCGGUUGCAUCGAAACCGCAUGCUGACUCGACAGGGUGUUCACUUUCAUUUUCGGUAGGGGAAGUGAAAGGGUGCAGCAAUUUCAAACUUAAUAGUCUUAUUUAAUUUACGUGCUCGAACACGUUUUUCGUUUGAAAAAGUUCAAAUGCACUUUUAAAAUCAAGACUUUUUGAGAAUUUUAGUAAUUUUUUUUACUUUUAUAUUCCAUUUAAAUUUUAUUUAACUUUUUAUAUGAAAUUCUUAUUUUGUUUAUAAAUUCUUAAAUAAGUACUUAAGAAUUAAAUUUUAAUUUUUAUACUGCCAAAUAGGGAUUUUUUUACUUUUGAACUUUUUAAUAUAUUCAAAUUAAUUUUGAUGUAAAGUUUAGGCUUCUUAAAAAAUUAUUACGCGUUGCCUUAAUAUAAAUAGACUGAUUUUGAGCGUAAUUUAGUUAAAUUAUAUUGUUAUAUAAAGAUUUUAAUUAUUACUACACUAAUAGUAUGCAAAAUAACCAAACAAAGUUAAUAAGCUUUAAUUAUAAAAUUAUUAACGAUUAACGUGUAUUUUAAUGAUAUAAACUUAAUUCUGCAUACUAUUAAUCCUAAACUAUGCCAAAAACAUGGGGUUAUAUAAAAUAAUUAAAAAAUAUUUUGAAUGCCCCAUAAGCAAGAAAACACCAAAAUAUCUUGUCUAUAUUUAAUAUUUAUGUAAAAAUUAAUUAAUGGCCUUUCUUAAAGGUUUGGUGCAUAACUUCUUAUUGCAAAUAGUUUGAAUUUAAAAUAUUUUUAUUACGUAAAUAUAGAUUGUCCAAAGACAAUAAUUUAUUAUGUCAAAUAAUUUUUUUCAUUAUUUAACUAAAUAUAUACGGGUGUUUUAAUUUUUAAAUAAUUUUUUGUUAGCAUCUUAAAAAAUUAUACAUAUUCACUGAUAAUACACUUGUUAUAUAUUGAUUGUAAAUAUAUUUAAUAUUUAGGUGUUCAUAAUGUACUAUAGACAUUUCUUUUUAUACAAAUCUUAUGGCCUAUGUUAAACUGUAUAUAUAUAUAAAUAUUACUGUAUAACUAAAAUAAAUUAUUUGAAUCUAAAUGUUUUUUAUGAAUAAAAAAAAAAAUUCAGAUACCUAGUGCAUUUAUUACAAAAGACAGUAAUACAUAGUAAUAAGAAACAAUAUGAAGCACAUUAUUAGUCAAUCAACAUCUUCAGGUCGUACAGGGUGAGUCAAAGGUAUAACAGAUUUUUGAUUUACGUCUCGUGAACAAGCUUUUCUCAUAUCUUAAAAAUUAAAAAAAUUAUUUUGUUCCUAUUUUUUUUAAAUAAUUGUUACCAUAAGCAUCUUCAUCAGGGUCACCCGAGUAGUAUUCCAGCACUGUCCUGUAGACUAUGUAACCCAAGUUGGUGUACAUAUUUAUAGCCACUUUAUUGCUUACUCUUACAAAAAGAUCCACGAAAUAGGCCCUUUUCCUAAAAUUAUAAACUUUUAGUAUACAAAAUUAACAAAAAUAAUGUUUACUUUUCGGAAACUUCCUCCAAAAAUGUCAUUAAACUGGCUGCUAACCCUAAUCUUCUAAAAUCAGGAGACACUGUUAAUGCUGUUACAUGUCCAUGCCAGUUAUCACCUAUGCCUUCUGCUUUUCCCAUUA